AUGGCCACGGCCACCCAGCGAGCCGAGGAAGCGGACCCGAGCGGUGUGGGCGAUGUGUCGCUCGGACAAAAGAUGCUGUCGGCAGUGUCUGGCAGUGUCCUCACGUCGUUACUAGUCACACCCCUCGACGUCGUCCGCGUACGAUUACAAUCACAAGAAACCGUCUCGACCACAGCGUCACGGCCACACGGUUACAAUGGCGCAACACUCACUCAAUUCCGCGAUCUGCCUCCGAACCUCGGCAUAUCGUCUUGCUGUAGAGAGGUCUUCUGGAUGAAUAACAAAGCACCUUUCUGUGUGGCGGGGCCUACCAUGGCACCCAUUAACCCCGCCGAUCUGAGCUGUGCGGUAGAGGAGGUCGAACGGAAGACAAUAAAUAGCACAUGGGAUGGCCUACGCAAGAUUGCACAGAAUGAGGGACCGCGAACACUCUGGAGAGGACUGUCACCAACUCUGGUCAUGGCAGUACCUGCAAACGUCAUCUACUUCGCCGGAUACGAUUGGCUGCGGACAGCGCAAGCUUCGCCCCUACGACAAACCGUAUCCGAUGCGUACAUACCAUUAGUGGCAGGAGCGACUGCGCGGAUACUCGCUGCGAUAGCGGUAGGCCCGAUCGAAAUAUUCAGAACGCGAAUGCAGGCAGCGAACUCUACCGCCACUGCCGCCGGACACUUUCGAGACACAAUGGACGGACUGAAAGACAUGGUCGGCAACCAGGGAGUCUUCAGUCUAUGGCGGGGCCUCACAUUGACCCUCUGGCGCGACGUACCCUUCUCGGCCUUCUACUGGUGGGGUUAUGAAGCCACAAGAAAUGUUCUGACCGACCAACGAGGACGGAGAGAGGCAAGAAACGACGGCUUCGAGUUCCGCAUGGGCCGUGGCGAGGAGAGGGUCCGACGAAGAAGCAGAUCUCGAAGCCAGGAAAACCACAGAGAUACACUAGUCGAUAGCUUCAUCGCUGGUGCUACGUCAGGAGCAGUCGCGGCCUUUGUCACCACACCAUUCGACGUCGGAAAGACAAGACAACAAGUCGCGCGGCACAUGGGCGAGACCGCUAAAGACAUUGCGAAUUCGACACGGCCAGAAGACCAAUCCAUGCCAAGAUUCCUGAUGCACAUCUACCGCGAGCAAGGCAUGCCAGGCUUGUUCAAGGGUUGGGCUGCCCGAUGUCUCAAGAUCGCACCGGCAUGCGCCAUCAUGAUCAGUUGCUACGAGUUUAGCAAGAAGAUGGCCCUGGAUAUGAAUGAACGACGAGAACGAGAACGACAGGACGCAUGA